AUGGUAACCAUUCGAGCCGAAGAAAUUAGUAAUAUUAUCCGCGAACGGAUUGAGCAAUAUAAUAGAGAAGUAAAGAUUGUGAACACUGGUACCGUACUUCAAGUGGGCGACGGCAUUGCUCGUAUUCAUGGUCUUGAUGAAGUAAUGGCAGGUGAAUUAGUAGAGUUUGAAGAGGGUACGAUAGGUAUUGCUCUGAAUUUGGAAUCCAAUAAUGUUGGCGUUGUAUUAAUGGGUGACGGUUUGAUGAUACAAGAGGGUAGUUCCGUGAAAGCAACAGGACGAAUUGCUCAGAUACCGGUGAGUGAGGCUUAUUUGGGUCGUGUUAUAAAUGCCCUAGCUAAACCUAUUGAUGGGAGGGGUGAAAUUUUAGCUUCUGAAUAUCGGUUAAUUGAGUCUCCCGCUCCAGGUAUUAUUUCGAGACGUUCCGUAUAUGAGCCUCUUCAAACGGGGCUUAUUGCUAUUGAUUCGAUGAUCCCUAUAGGACGCGGUCAGCGAGAAUUAAUUAUUGGGGACAGACAGACCGGUAAAACAGCAGUAGCUACAGAUACUAUUCUCAAUCAAAAAGGUCAAAAUGUAAUAUGCGUUUAUGUAGCUAUUGGUCAAAAAGCAUCUUCCGUGGCUCAGGUAGUGACUACUUUCCAGGAACGGGGAGCAAUGGAAUACACCAUUGUGGUAGCGGAAACAGCGGAUUCGCCUGCUACAUUACAAUACCUCGCUCCUUAUACAGGAGCCGCUCUGGCUGAAUAUUUUAUGUACCGUCAACGACAUACCUUAAUAAUUUAUGAUGAUCUCUCCAAACAAGCACAAUCUUAUCGCCAAAUGUCCCUUCUAUUAAGAAGACCACCUGGUCGCGAAGCUUAUCCAGGAGACGUUUUUUAUUUGCAUUCCCGCCUUUUGGAAAGAGCCGCUAAACUAAGUUCUCGUUUAGGCGAAGGAAGUAUGACUGCUUUACCAAUAGUUGAGACUCAAUCUGGGGACGUUUCGGCUUAUAUUCCCACUAAUGUCAUUUCCAUUACAGAUGGGCAAAUCUUCUUAUCCGCGGAUUUAUUCAAUGCUGGAAUCCGUCCAGCUAUUAAUGUGGGUAUUUCCGUCUCCAGAGUAGGAUCCGCAGCUCAAAUUAAAGCCAUGAAACAAGUAGCCGGCAAAUUAAAAUUAGAAUUGGCUCAAUUUGCAGAGUUAGAAGCCUUUGCGCAAUUCGCUUCCGAUCUAGAUAAAGCUACUCAGAAUCAAUUGGCAAGAGGUCAACGAUUACGGGAGUUGCUCAAACAAUCCCAAUCAUCCCCUCUCGCGGUGGAUGAACAGAUAGUUACUAUUUAUACCGGAACGAAUGGAUAUCUUGAUCAAUUAGAAAUUGGACAGGUAAAGAAAUUUAUUGUUCAGUUACGUACCCAUUUAAGAACAAAUAAGCCUCAGUUACAAGAAAUCAUAUCUUCUACCAAGGUAUUCACCGAGCAAGCGGAAGCCCUUUUGAAAGAGGCUAUUCAGGAGCAGAUGGAACUAUUUCUACUUCAGGAACAAACAUAA